AACAUAACCAAAUUUUAAUUUUUUUUUUACAAAAAAAAACAAAUGUUUUAUUAUAUUUGUAAAAUUUUUAAAGAAGUUUAAUAUUAAUUUAAAAAUAGAUAUAUGUUUUUUCAAUUAUAUCUAAUUAAAAUCUAAAUGAUAGUGUGUAAUUUCACUAGAACAAAAAUUUUAAAAUGUAUUACAGCGUUAACACGUUGGGAAAGAAUUUUUGUUUUAAACAACAAAAACAAUUGUUCAAUUAUUUUCAACAAACGAAAUUUGCACAACGCUGUUUUAAAAGGACCUUGGAGCGUUUUGUUUUUCGGAUCAGAUGAAUUUGCAUUAGAGAGUUUAAAAAAACUUUACGCCCAAUAUAAACUACAAAAGUUACUUUGUCAUCUGGAAAUUGUCACUGCAUAUAAAGGCAAUGAAAAUUGUCUCUCAAAAUAUGCAAAAGAAAAUAAAAUUACUAUUCAUCAAUGGCCUCUUGAAAUUCAUAACAUGAAAUUUGAUAUUGGAGUUGUCGUUUCGUUUGGUCACUUGAUUCCUUCCCAUAUCAUAGAUUCGUUUCCUCUAGGUAUGAUAAAUGUUCACGGAAGUUUAUUGCCCAGAUGGAGAGGUUCAGCACCUAUAAUUCACGCAUUAAAGAAUGGCGACACAAGAACAGGAAUUUCCAUAAUGAGAAUAAUGCCUAAAAAAUUUGAUAUUGGAGAUAUAAUAGCUCAGGAGGAAACAAGUAUUGAUUUACAUGAAACUCAACCGGAAUUGUAUAAAAAAUUAGCUUUAUUGGGUUCUAAAUUACUACUUAAAACAAUGGAAAAGUUACCGGAAGUUUUAUCAUCCAGUGUACGGCAAAAUGAAGAUGGAAUAACAUAUGCUCCAAAAAUAAAGCCAGAUAUGUCCUUUAUCAAAUGGAAAGAAAUGAAUGCAAAAAAUGUAUACGAUUUAAAUCGUGCAUUAACAGGAUUGUAUUCAUUAAAAACAAAUUUUAACAAUAAGGUGAUAAAAAUUUUUGGUAUUCAAGUAUUUUCUAAUUCAAUAAACGUAAUACAAUCAGAAAAAAAUGAACCAGGAACUGCAUUUUAUCACAAAGAGACUGAUUCACUAAUAGUCAAAUGUAAAGACAACACGUGGGUGUCAAUUAAAACAAUUGGCGUCCCAGGAAAGCCUAAAUUGUCGGCUUUAAAUUUUGCAAACGGAUUUUUGGGUGGGAAGAGGCAAAAAUUUUGCAUCUUUACCACAUAAUAAUUUGUACAAAGAAAAUAAAUAGAUUAAGAUACAAAAAAGCU